UCACGUGCGUGCUGUCAUAGCAACGGCGGCGAAUACUAGUGGCGGCCGGCGCGACAAGCCUGCUGCGACCGAAACGAAAAAGACAUCAUCGUGUAGGCACCAUCAUCUCUUCUCCGGGUUUACUGUACUUCGUUGUUUUACUGACAGUGCAGGUGCACAGAGCGUGAUGUAAUCAAUGCAGCUGACGUGAUGCGAGCCCCCGAUGGCCGGCCAGGGCCCCGGGAGCCCCCCGGACCCAUGGGCGCUCGACCCCGAACUUCGACACCACAUACAACAUUGUCCCUGUACCUGCAAUCAUUUGGGAUACGGCAACUACUUGGACUACCAAGUGUCAGUUCCGCCAGUUCGAGAGCCAAUACGGGAAACCGCAUUCAGUUCAGUGCCUCAUUAUUACAACGGUGGCGGUUACAAUUAUGGCUACCACUAUCACCACGGUUCGCCUUUGGGUUCGUGUUCAUGUAGCACCGAGAGCGACUCGACGACCAGCUCGCUCCGUAGUCCCUGGUGCGUAUGCUUGGUAGUGUGUGUUGUCGUUGCAGCCUUAGGGAUAGGUUUGGGCCUUCCUCUAGCUUUAAAUCCACAGACUGAACCGCACACCCCUCAGGAUCGUCUGCGCAUCAUACGGCGUCUCCUCAAGGAGAAACCGCUGAUUGACGGGCACAACGAUCUGCCCUGGAACAUACGCAAGUUUCUCCACAAUCGGAUCGUCAGAACGAACUUUAGCGUCCUGACCGAUUUGGAACCGUGGUCCAAGAGCCACUGGUCGCAAACGGACAUCUCGAGACUCAGAGAGGGUCUUCUCGGUGCACAAUUUUGGUCCGCUUAUGUGCCUUGCGGUUCUCAACAUUUGGAUGCCGUUCAAUUGACUCUCGAACAGAUCGAUGUUAUCCAGCGAUUGGUCGAGCUUCAUUCGCGCAAUUUCGCUCUCGUCCGGAGUUCGAGCGAACUGCUCCAGGUGCACAGGGACGGAAAGAUAGCCUCUCUGAUCGGCGUCGAAGGCGGCCAUUCGCUGGGAAAUUCGUUGGCCGUGCUGAGGAUGUUUUACAGUUUAGGAGCCAGAUAUUUGACCAUCACGCAUUCCUGUGAUACCCCGUGGGCAACCGGGGCGAAUACCAAAACCAAGGGCGGUCUCAACUCGUUCGGAAGGAGCGUAAUACAUGAAAUGAACAGGCUCGGAAUGAUAAUAGACCUCUCCCAUAGUUCCAUGGAAACUGCUAGAGCAGCUUUGAAUGUGUCGCGUGCCCCGAUAAUCUUCUCGCAUUCCAGCGCUUUCUCGUUGUGCAAUUCUACCAGAAACGUCCCAGACGAUGUGCUCAAACUGGUCGCUCAUAAUGGUGGCGUUGUUAUGGUCAAUUUCUAUUCGUACCAUCUGACUUGUAACGGUUCGGCAACGACCAAAGACGUCAUCAGACAUAUUAAUCACAUCAAGACCGUUGCCGGAAUCGAACAUGUCGGAAUCGGUGCCGGUUAUGAUGGGAUCAAUAUGACGCCGAUAGGUCUCGAGGAUGUCUCGAAGUACCCGUAUCUGCUUGCCGAACUUCUGGAAGAUCCCGCGUGGACCGAGAACGAUAUCGCCCUGCUGGCGGGCCUGAAUGUUUUGAGGGUUUUCACAAAAGUCGAAGCUCUUAGGGAUCAGUGGAAGUCGGCCACGAUAAUGCCACUAGAAGACUCGCUUCCACCCCAAAAUCCCAAAUGUGCGUAUAAGUUUUCAUGACCGCAACUGAUGUAUCCUUUUAGCGUGAAUUAGGCCGGCGAUCCGUGUGCGUUUAUGUGUAUUUAUACUUGGCCCUUUUUGUACAAGAGUAAAAUUGUUUUUUUUUAGGGAAUGCAGUUGUCGAGGGAGUUUUUUCUGUACUUUAUCGCCCUGUCCAAUGAUAAAUGGACGGAUCUCGGCUAUUUUUGUUUCGUUUAAAAUUAAAUAGUACUUGCCCUGCUCCUUGGCGUUUAUUUCAUCAUUAAUCAUUCAGAUUGGGGUCUAAAUUAGACUUCUUAUAGAAAUACUGGCAAAUGAUUCUGCAUUAUUUAUUUUAUUGGUGUUUCAAUUAAAUGUUACGAAAAAGAAAUACUGGCUCACUAAAGGUUACCUAACGUAUAUUCCGAAAUUUUUUCUCUGAUUCUUGUUUGAUGUUUUUAAUGAGUCGGAAAAAUAUCUAUUUUCUAUUUCUCUAUUUUCAAAAAUAUACACAAUUUGCGAUCAGAAACGUUUUCUUCAAUAACUUCUAUAUUAGUAUUCACUAUUUAUUUAGUUACUGUUUUGUGUUUGAAUUCAUUUUGAAAUGGAAACCGAAGGAAUAACAAAAACGUUUUAAAAAUGUUUUGUGAAAAACUUUUCCUUUUAUUUAACCUGUUUCUUCCGUUUUGUCUUUACUCGUUUCUUCAAUCAGUGUAAGUAUGCCAGGUAUGAUGCAAAUGUUCCUUUUUGCUUCCAUAUUACAGACUGCUAACGAUAUCAGUUUUCUUGUCCUCAUUAAAAUAUACUUCAUUUACUUUCUCUAGCGAUGUGCCCCUUCCACUGUCUUGGAUGCGCGCUGGCAAAAUCGUACUC